UCGACAGCACAUUCCGGAAGUAGGCUGAGAGAACAGGAAGAACAAAGAAGGGAAAGUACCCCGGUACACAGCCCACAAUCAACCCACUCAGUGUGUCAACAACGCCAGAUUCGUUCUUCGCCGUUUGUUGGCGGGCCCCGACGACUUCAUCAGCAUUCGCUGAAUCGCCGCGCUUGUGAGAACCGGUAUCGGCACGCCGCAACAUGGCCAACGAUACGCAAGAUGUGGAAAACAACACGGACCAACAGGAUGCCAACGGUGGCACUGAGCAGCACCAAGAAGGCGGGACCACCAGAUUUGGGUCCACGGUGGGCUCAGAAGGAGGAUCUGGGCCUCCGGAGCAGAACGGCCUGCCGCCCUCCGCCAGGCCCCCCCGCGUGGCGGAGGCCGACGAGGAAGACGAUGAGGAGUUGACGCUCAAGUACGGCGCCAAGCACGUCAUCAUGCUCUUCGUCCCCGUGACGCUGUGCAUGGUGGUCGUCGUGGCGACCAUCAAGUCAGUCAGCUUCUACACGCAGAACGACGGACAGAGGCUGAUCUACACGCCGUUCCCGGAGGAUACGGACACGGUGGGCCAGCGGGCGCUCAACUCCAUCCUCAACGCCACCAUCAUGAUCACCGUCAUCAUCGUCAUGACGCUGGUGCUGGUGCUGCUCUACAAAUACCGCUGCUACAGGGUGAUCCAAGGGUGGCUCUUCAUCUCCUCCUUGCUCCUGCUCUUCUUCUUCUCCUUCAUCUACCUCAAGGAGGUGUUCAAGACCUACAACGUGGCCAUGGACUACAUGACGCUGGCGGUCAUUGUGUGGAACUUCGGCGUGGUGGGCAUGAUGUGCAUCCACUGGAAGGGGCCGCUGCGCCUCCAGCAGGCCUACCUCAUCAUGAUCAGUGCUCUCAUGGCGCUGGUCUUCAUCAAGUACCUGCCCGAAUGGACCGCCUGGCUCAUACUCGCCGUCAUAUCCGUCUACGAUCUGUUGGCAGUGCUGUGUCCCAAAGGCCCUCUGAGGAUCUUGGUGGAGACAGCUCAGGAGAGGAACGAGCCCAUUUUUCCUGCCCUCAUCUAUUCAUCGACCAUGGUGUGGCUCGUCAACAUGGCCGACACGGACACGGCAUUUAAGAGGAGCCCGACCGAUGCGACGUCGCCUCAGCCCGAGCAUCAAGAAGGAACGGCGCCCCCGGCGUCGCCGCCCGGUCCGUCGGGGGACAACGGAGGCUUCACGCCGUCCUGGGUGACCCAACAGGAGCACCAGCUGGGGCACAUGCAGUCCACCGAGGACUCUCGGCGGGAGAUCCAACAGUUGCCUUCGGACCGGCCGCCUGUUGAGGAUGACGACGAGGAGCGGGGUGUCAAGCUGGGCCUGGGCGACUUCAUUUUCUACAGCAUGCUGGUGGGAAAAGCCUCGGCCGCCGCCAGUGGGGACUGGAACACCACGUUGGCCUGCUUUGUGGCCAUCCUCAUUGGCUUGUGUCUGACGCUGCUGCUGCUGGCCAUCUUCAAAAAGGCGCUCCCGGCGCUGCCCAUCUCCAUCUUCUUCGGCCUGGUUUUCUACUUUGCCACCGACAACCUGGUGCGCCCCUUCAUGGACGAGCUGGCGCUGCACCAGUUCUACAUUUAGCAGGAACACCUUUUUUCCUGAGAUCAAACUCCCCUGUGACAGGACGGGACGACUAGUUUUUUUUCCAGCUCAGAGGAAGAGUUCCUCGCUGAAUUUUUUUUUUUUUUUUUAAUCCAACUCCUGUCUCAGGCUCAGCAUCGCAAAACUGUGAAUUCCCAGCGAGAAUGUUUGUCCACCUUUUUAAUUUAUGCCGAGACAGAGCCUCCUUGGGUUCUUUUACUAUCAGGGCAGCAGGUGCCUUGCUCAGGGACACCAGGAAGGCAGUUUCAACGCCCUAACUGCCAAGCUGUCCACCUCACUCCCGCCCGACAAGACCAGGAUCUUCGAAAGAAGAAUCCAAAUCCCACGGCCCCUUUUUUUUACACCUUUUUCCCCUCCGGUGCCUCUUAUUCCGCCUCGGCUGGGUUCUGCAUGAAAGGCAAAAGAUGGAUACAAUUUUGGAGCUUCGUAGUAUCGGCUGUGAUGGCGUGUAACGGUGUUUUGCAAUGCCAGCAAAAGGGUGUAAAGUUUCACACUUCCUGUAAAAGCUGACAUUUUUAUACCUUCACCCAUCUAUCUCACUGUAUAAAAAAUUGGGAGGAACGAAAUCAACGCAGCUUCAGAGGUAGUCCCGGAGCCGUAACGGCGUGUAAGGGUAUUCUGCGAAUGUCAGAACUGUUGUGUAAAGUUUGUCGCUGUCCGACAAGUAUUUCAUGUCGCUUCCUCCCAGAGCCACAACCGUGUGGAAGAGUAGACCGCAAGACCGGGAGCGUGUAAAGUUUCCCACAUCCUGUAAAAGCCAACAGCUCUUCCGCUACCUCGCUGUUAGAACAGCGCAGAGGUCCCAGCGUGGGGGCAGGGGGGGCCAAAGUCGACCAGGGAAUUUCUGCAUGAAAGGGAAUAGUGGUGUAAAGUUUGCCGCUGAUUGGUCAAAUUUUCCGCAGAAUUUCUGUGUUUGUAUAAAACAACAUGGAAGGGAGUUCGGGGGUGAAAAUGUGUUCUAUGUAAAAAAAA